AUGGCAACUUCCGAUAGAAAACCUCCAUUAUUCCCAUCAACACGAUUGACUUUGGCGGCACUGUGCUUUGUGGGAUGUCUGGUGACGUAUGCAUUGAGAACGAAUAUGUCAAUGGCUAUUGUUUGUAUGGUUCGAAGAGCUGGAUCUGGGAAUGGAACGGAGGCAAAGAAAAGUGAAUGUGCUCCAACGGUGUCGAUUUUGGAAGAGCCACAACAUUUGCCCACUGAUCCUAUAAUCGCUGGUGAAUUUGAUUGGUCAGAAGAUGUGGCGGGCAGUAUUUUAGGAGCUUUCUUCAAUGGAUAUCUCUGUUCUCAAGUUCUUGGCGGUUACCUGGCCACUAGAUUUGGUGGAAAGCGUGUGAUUCUCUACACAGUGCUCGGCUCCUCUGUACUCACUCUAUUAAGCCCGAUUGCAGCUCGAACUCAUCAUUGGCUACUUUAUGGGCUUCGAAUCGUCAUUGGUUUUUUGCAAGGUGCAACUUUCCCAGCAAUGCAUACAAUGUGGGCUCUUUGGGGUCCACCACUUGAGCGCUCUGUGCUCACCGGGGUAUCGUAUGCAGGAGCUCAAAUCGGCAACAUGUUGGUUCUAUCAAUUGCUGGCGUUCUUUGCGAGCGUGGUUUUGAUGGAGGAUGGCCGUCGAUCUUCUAUUCUUUCGGUGUUCUUGGAGUUUUGUGGUGUGGACUUUGGCAUUUCUUCACCUCGGAUCGACCGAGCACUCACAAGAGAAUCUCAAAAGAGGAAAGGGAUUACAUUGAGGGAUCACUAGAAGAAACAAUGGGAAAAAGUACUGACAAGCCGCCAGCAACUCCUUGGUUAAAAAUGUUGACAUCUCGAGCGGUUUGGGCGUGUUGGUUGGGACAUUUUGCGGGUGAUUGGGGUGCCUACACGAUGAUGACAGUGUUGCCCUCGUUUUUGAAAGAUGUCCUCGGAGUCAGCCUCAGUUCGCUCGGUUUCCUUUCCGCUGCUCCAUAUUUGGCUUACUUUAUCGCGAUUAAUUGUGGAGGUGCCGCAGCGGAUACUCUACGAGAAAAGAGGAUUCUCAGCACAUUGAACACACGAAGAUUGGCUAUGGUUUUAGCCCUCGUCGGUCAAGCCGUCUUCUUGGUGCUAGCUGCACACUGUAACUGUGGCCAAGAAACGCUUUUCAUCAUUUUCUUAAUCAUUGGCACUGGAAUUUCUGGAUUCCAGUAUUCUGGAUUUGUGGUAAACUAUUUGGACAUUGCUCCGCCAUUUUCGGGAACAAUCAUGGGCAUUGGGAACACUUUGUCGUGCUUUGGUGGCAUGCUUUCUCCAAUUAUCACCAAAAAACUCACACCAAAUGGAACUCGAGGCGAAUGGCAAGUGAUCAUGUGGUUGACUGGGGGGAUUUUGGUGGUCGGUGCGGCUCUUUUCGCCCUUCUUGCAAAGGGCGAAGUUGAGGAAUGGGCAAAAGUGAAACCAAGUGAAAAAGUCGAAGAGGAGGUCCCACUUCAAGAAAAAGACAAUCAAGCC